CCCUUGGCCGAGAACCCCAACAAAAAUCGCAGCGCGCGAAAACGCAGGAGCAUCCCGCCCAAUCGCCACCGCCGCCCGCGCGCACGGCAACCACCCCACCGUCGGCGACCUCUGCGACGGAAGACUAGGAGAUGGCCCCUCUAGUGCCGAUGUCGCAGCCAUGGGUGGAGAAAUACCGGCCGAGGCAGGUGAAGGACGUCGCGCACCAGGAGGAGGUGAUUCGGGUGCUCACCAACACCCUCCAGACCGCCGAUCUGCCGCACAUGCUGUUCUACGGCCCGCCAGGCACGGGGAAGACCACCACUGCACUCGCCAUCGCCCACCAGCUCUACGGUCCAGAGCUGUACAAGUCAAGAGUUUUGGAGCUCAAUGCUAGUGAUGAUCGCGGAAUUAAUGUGGUGAGGACGAAAAUCAAGGACUUUGCUGCUGUUGCUGUUGGUACUACACGGAAAGCUGGUUAUCCCUGCCCACCUUACAAGAUUAUUAUACUUGAUGAAGCCGAUUCAAUGACAGAAGAUGCCCAGAAUGCUUUGAGGCGUACUAUGGAGACUUACUCCAAAGUGACCAGAUUCUUUUUUAUAUGCAACUAUAUCAGCAGGAUAAUAGAACCACUUGCAUCGAGAUGUGCAAAGUUUAGGUUCAAGCCUCUUUCAGAAGAAGUGAUGAGCAGCCGCAUUAUGCAUAUAUGCAAUGAAGAAGGUCUCAAUCUUGAUUCUCAGGCUCUAUCCACACUGAGUGCCAUUUCUCAAGGUGAUCUCCGUCGUGCUAUAACCUAUCUUCAGAGUGCAGCCCGCUUAUUUGGAUCUUCUAUUUCCCCCACUGACUUGAUCAGUGUUUCUGGGGUCAUCCCGGAAGAUGUUGUCAAGUCACUGCUUGCAGCCUGCAGAUCUGGUGAAUUUGAUGUGGCAAACAAAGAAGUUAGCAAUAUUAUCGCCGAGGGAUAUCCAGUUUCACAGCUGAUGGCUCAGUUUCUAGAUGUGAUUGUUAGCACAGACGAUAUUCCAGAUGAGCAAAAGGCAAGGAUAUGUAAAAAGCUUGGGGAAACUGAUAAGUGCUUGGUCGAUGGUGCAGAUGAGUAUCUUCAACUUUUGGAUGUUGCCAGCGAGACUAUUCGUGCUCUUUUCAACAUGCCACAAACGUUGGUCUUUUGAGAGAAGUUUGCAAAGAUGAAUGCUUUUGGUGAUGACCGAUUAUGAACAUUUGCAAGCCCUGGAAGGUGUCUUCGUGCUUCUGAGAUGCUGCACAAGGCUAAUCUCCAUCGCUAUGCUGUCACUGUGUUUCCGGUAGACUUGUGAUGGGUUAAAAAUGUGAUGAACUCGACCUAAAAUUCUAACUGGACUGCACCUUUGGAUGUCCAGUAUGGCAUGGAACAUUUUUCAACUUACAUCUUGUGCAUUAUAUUUCCUUUCUUGCUCACUGAUGAGGUGAUGCUUUGAUGAUGAUGGCAGAUAGCAGCCUAGCAUUGGCAUUUCAAUUUUUGGAGAUCUCCAAACUCCGGAAUGCAUCCAGUUGACGCGCUCGUCUGCCCUAAGGAUCGAGCUUCACAUGACAACACGCUAUUACCCAAAAAGGCUAACUCCUUAUGAACAGAUCCUUUGUCUUCUCUAACGGAAUCAUGGAUAGAGAUUGUUGCUGUCCUUUUGUUUUUAGUGACAAGUAAUGCAAUUUAAUGGGAAACAUCUGCAUUUUCAUCUAGAGAAAGCAAAACUGCUCUAGGAAAAUUGUAUGGCAAGAGGAACAAAACAACAUAAUUCAUGCAUUCUAAAGGCGAAA